AUGCAGCAGCUCACCACUCCUUUGCUUCCGCUCCUCGAUGCGGCGGGCAUCAAGGACAGCGCUCUCAUCGACGCUGUCGCCCGUAUCGCCCCUGUGCUCGUCCCGCAGGACCUCGUCUCGGCGCUUCCCGCCAACAUCGCCUACCUCGUCCUGGCCGACCCGUCACUCACCUACGGAGCAGCUGCUGAUCUGCUCGAUGCAGGCGCCGAGGCCAUCGUCACUGCCGACACCCAGCUCAUCCAGCAAUUCGACGCUGCCGUCUCGUCGACUCGAUUCAUCUACUUGUCUGCUUCCGGUGCUACUCCUGUGCCCGAAGUGCUCAAGGCGGUUGCUGGUGCCGUAAUCACCCUUCCUGCAGCCUCCGCCAUUGCUUCUUCUACACAGCUCGUCAAGGACACUGCCGAUGCGCUUCAGACAAAGACGUCCGGCAAGUCGCUCUUUGUUCUUGCCACUUCGGGUGUCCCCAGCGUCCAGGAUGUCAAGGCUGUCGCAGUGCUCACCGCCAGUCUCAUCGCACCUUCUUCGGUCCUUUCCAUCUCUGCCGAAGAGGGUCAGCAGCAGCAGGGCAAGCUCGACAUUGCCGAUGCUUUUGUGGCUCCAUUGACCUCGGACCGCACCGAUGGCCUCUUUGCUACCACCGUCGUUUCUUCCGCCUGCUCCACUUCGCUUGGUCUCGUCUACUCGUCCGCUCUCUCCAUUCGCAAGUCCAUCGCCACUGGCUCCGCUCACUACCAGUCGCGCAACCGCGGUCUUUGGCACAAGGGUGAGUCGAGCGGCGCCACUCAGCAGGUCGUCAGCAUCCGACAGGACUGCGACUCGGACGCCAUCCAGUUUGCCGUGCGUCAAUCACGUGGCACCUCGGCUUCCGGCUUUUGCCACCUCGAGAAUCGCGAGGGCUGCUUCUCCUCGGCUACGGGUCUCGCCAAGCUCGAAGCUACGCUCAAGCAGCGCAAGCAGUCUGCACCCGCUGGAAGCUACACCGCGCGCCUGUUCAGCGAUGCUUCGUUGCUGGGCGCUAAACUUCGUGAAGAGGCGGCUGAGUUGGCCGAUGCCAGCAACUAUGAUAAGAAGCACGUAGCUUUUGAAGCUGCCGACUUGAUCUACUUUGCUUUGACCAAGUGUGUCUCCGCUGGAAUUGGGUUGGAGGAGAUCGAGGCGUCGUUGGAUGCCAAAUCGAAGAAGGUCUCACGUCGCAAGGGUGAUGCCAAGCCUGCGUUUGCCGCACAGCAGAAGGCUGCCGAGACCAAGGCCGCCCCCGCUCCUGCUCCAUCAGCACCUACCAAGGAUGCAAACGCGCCCAUCAAGAUCCAGUCGUACCGCUACGAAGACCUCUCGGCUACACAGCGUAAGGAGCUGCUCAAGCGACCUGCUCUGCGCACCGAGCAGGUCAUGGAAAUCUGCCGCCCCAUCCUCCGCUCUGUCAAAGAACGCGGUGAUGCUGCCUUGCUCGAACUCACCGAAAAGUUCGACAAGGCCAAGCUGACCAAUCCCGUGCGCUUGCCGCCUUUCGUCGACGAUUCGGUUAUGGCCAAGAUCAAGCCCGAGGUCAAGACGGCGAUCGACAUUGCAUAUAACAACAUCUACAAGUUCCACAAGGCGCAAAAGACGACGUUUGGCAACAAGAAGGCCGAGCACGCCGGUGCCAACGGAACCGUUGAAGCCUUGGAGGGUCCCGAAGAUGGGGUGUUGGAGGUCGAGACGAUGCCCGGUGUGGUGUGUCGUCGAUUUGCCCGCCCCAUUGAGUCCGUUGGAUUGUAUGUGCCCGGUGGGUCUGCCGUGCUGCCGUCAACCGCGCUCAUGCUCGGUGUGCCCGCCCAAGUCGCACGCUGCCCGACCGUGGUGAUCGCCACACCGCCUCGACCGGAUGGCAGCAUCUCGCCCGAAGUGCUGUACUGCGCCUCCAAGGUCAACGCCACCGCUAUCCUGUGUGCCGGUGGAGCGCAGGCGGUGGCCGGUCUGGCGUACGGUACUGAGACGUGCCCCAAAGUGGACAAGAUCGUGGGCCCCGGAAACCAGUUUGUCACAGCAGCCAAGAUGCUCGUUCAGAACGAGACGGAUGCGAUUGUCUCGAUCGACAUGCCUGCUGGGCCGUCCGAGGUGCUGGUGAUUGCGGAUGGGGAGGCCGACCCGGCGUUUGUGGCGAGUGAUCUGCUGUCGCAGGCGGAGCACGGGCCGGACUCGCAAGUCGUGCUUGUGGGCAUCGCGCUGACGGACGCGCAGCUCGCGGCCAUUGAGGCUGAGGUUGACAAGCAGGCCCGCGCCUUGCCGCGCGUCGACGUCGUGCGCCAGGCCAUUGACAAGUCGGUCACCGUCAUCGUCCCCGACCGCACCACGGCGCUCGACUGGUCCAACGCCUACGCGCCGGAGCACCUCAUCCUCCAAACCGCCAACCCCGAAGCGCUGGUCAAGCUCGUCAAGAACGCGGGUUCCGUGUUCGUGGGUAGCUGGUCCCCCGAGAGCUGCGGCGACUACAUGAGCGGCACCAAUCACUCGCUCCCCACCGCCGCCUACGCCAAGAGCUACUCCGGCGUCAACGUCGGCACGUUUGAAAAGUGCAUCACCAGCCAGAGUCUCACCAGGGAGGGUCUGAAGGGCUUCGGCCAGAACGUCAUUGAUCUCGCCAUGUGCGAGGGCCUUCAGGCCCACGCCAUGGCCGUCAAGAUCAGGCUCGACAAGCUGCAGGCCUGA